GCGAUGUUCCAACCCUUAGACAUCAACCGACAGAGCGAAACAACGUACAUCAACAACUAGCGAGCUUGAUAAAGAAGCAGAGAUUCUUUUAGCUGUUAUACACCUCUUACAGACAAAACCAUGCUCAGGUUAUCAGUUUGUGGUCUACUUCUUGCUACCACAAUGGUGUUCCUGAUUGUUACCAGGACCGCUUCGGAGUCGUCAUCGCUCACUGGAACUACCAGAUUCAGGCGAUCCCUUAUUGAAAUUGACAACCCCGCUGACGUUCUAGGAGUCUUAGCUUACCUACAGUCAAGCAUUCUGAGGGCACAAGAAAUGUCCAAUGAGAAGAGAGGACUUGAUUUAGGCCUGUCUCGCGGUUUUUCCGGUAGUCAAGCGGCUAAGCAUCGCAUGGGGCUUGCAGCAGCUAAAUUUGCUGGUGGCCCCGGUAGACGGCGUCGUGAUGUUGGCCAAAACCAAUGAAGACCAUCUAAAAUAUUGCUAAACUUAGUGUUUAUUAUGCAAAGACAAGGAAGCUAAUAAACAAAAACCUCUUUCUAUCUGUUGAUCUAAUUAAUAUACUUUGAAGAAUAUUGGAAAUUCCUAAAAAUAGAAAUAUUUCUUCUAGUAGUUCUGAUAUCAAGUCGUAAAGUUUGAAACAAAAAAUAAAAUCCUUCAAUGUAUUAAGUUAAUAAUAAAAAUUAGUGUAAUAAUAAAACUUAUGUUUGCAUACGCAACAUUGACAGAGUA